GAUGACGGUGUCAACCACGGUGAAUACAAACAGCGAUGAUGAUGCUCGGAGGUAUGUGAUUGAUACCCCUGACUAAUAUCGUAGUACCAGUUGUCAUAGCAAAUAACUGGAAGAUUGGGAACACGUUGAAGAUGGCAGCUGCAGAAGAGGCAUAUAUACCAGCUGCAAAAUUAGCAACUGAUGAAAGACUGGAGUGGGUUCCACUAUCCUUAACACUAGUAGAAUAUCCCCAAGGGGAUUGGUUAGGCAAACUGCUAGCUGUUUCCAGCUUACUACCAUUUGGAAUCCUCUCAGGUUUUGUAGCUCUCAUUCUCUUCCGUAGGGAUUUGCACACGAUAACAUUCUUCUUUGGCACAACAUUAAAUGAAGUCCUGAACCUAGUGCUCAAGUACACAUUCUGUGAAGCAAGACCAAUGCAGAGGAGUGCCCUGUAUACAGAAUAUGGGAUGCCAUCAUCACAUUCCCAGUUUAUGUGGUUUUUUGCUACAUAUAUGGUAUACUUUGUGUUCAUACGGUUACAACAUAUGAAUAAUAACAGUUUACUAGAAAAUGCAUGGAAGACCGUGAUCACAGUGGGGUGUGUUUCUAUGGCAGCAUUGGUGACUAUCAGCAGAGUCUAUUUGCAGUACCAUACAUGGAAACAGGUUCUCAGUGGAGCACUGGUUGGCUUUCUCUUUGGCUCACUCUGGUUUGCUCUCACCUACCUGAUAUUUACACCUGUGUUUCCACUUAUUGUCUCGUGGCGAAUAUCAGAAUUUUUGCUUCUGCGAGACACGACAUUGAUACCCAAUGUUUUGUGGUUUGAGUAUACAAACAGUCGACAGGAGGCUCGGGCCCGAAGUCGCAAGUUGGUCUCCAUGAAGUCCCAAUGACAGCUGCUUGGCUUCCCCAGUCAUAUUGUCGGUGGUGGAGGCCUAUUGCAUAAUCUCAUUCAUUUUUACUGGGCCCGCAAGAGGUAGUAACUCAGCCUUGGGCCAUGACUUGAUACUGCCUCAUUUGAUUUGAGGCUGUAAUUUAGUGCUGCUUCACUCAGUUGAAUGAGGGGCAGCGACUUGUUACUGCCUCAUUCAAAUCUUACAGAUUGAUGAGGUAGCAAAGCCUCAUGUAGCUCUGUGGGAUGACUAAAGAUAGUGAGUCAGCAUUGCCUCGUUCCAUUCCAAUGGACGACAUGAGGUGGUGCCUUGUUCCAAAAAGACAUAAAGGAUAGUGAAUUCCAGGCUCUCGUAUAAAAGCAGCAUUGUUUGGCAGCUGUUGCGGAGUAUCCUUCAUUUGGAUUCUUGUAAAGACAAAUCAAGUACAUGGUGCAAUGGUUAAUUUGAAGUCUGCAAUAAAAUGGAUUUAAGUUGCAUUUAUGUUGUAUCUUGCAACAGAUGAACAGAUUUGGGACCUUAGGGAUAUGACAGCACAAAACUUUAUCCUUCAAAGCACAAAGAGUCAGAAGAAGUUGUGUCAUUGUAGUGGGACAUCAGUUCAGAGUAGCAGCUCUGACUCCGGAAGCAUAUAGAUGCUUCCAGAGAUUGCAAGGUUUGAAGCCCAUUCAGGACAUUCUUAAUAUGUGUGUGUGGUGUUUUCAUUACAAUUCAUCAUCAACUUUUCAUCUCAGCUAGUUCCAAGGUAGCACAAUCCAGUAAUGACAAAAAGACAAAAACUAAUUUUGACUGAAUAUUUAUUUCUGUUUGAAAAUUCAAGUGUCUAGCAGUUUAUUGAUUUAAAGUGCUUAGCUGUAUCUUUACAACAUUGCCUGUUAGAAACCAGAAUAAGAUUUUAAAAAUGUGAUUUGUGAUUUUUUUUAAUUUUUUUUUUUACUAUGGGGAAAUUUUGAAAUUAUUGGUAUCUGUUGUACAUUUAUUUCGGUGUGAGGGUUGUUCAAAUGAAAAGCAUUUGCGUGAUUGGCCCCCUAAAGAAAGCAAAAAAGGGCUGUAGAUUCUGGUUGGACGAAGACGUGAAGGUUGGAGUCAUGCGGUGGUUCCAGCAGCUGCCCAAGCAGUUCGUUGUAGAGGGGGAUCCAGCAGCUGAGGCAUCAGUGGAACGAGUGCGUGCCUACCUGCCAGCCUGUGGAAACUAGAUUCAGUGGCUUCACUCCUUCGCCCAGAAGAAUCUGGAAUGGUUUUCAAUUGAACAACCCUCAUUUGUGCAGGGGUUGAGUGUGAACCCUUCCUCCACUACUUAUUCUCCAGUGGUGUACUUAAAUCAGUCACAUGUAAGCAGUUAUGGGGGACUUAAUAAAAUAUACUUGAGCACAGCUCAGCAAACAAGCUGUUUUGUGUAUUUGACUGUGAACUUUGGGGUUAGAUAAUAUUGUGGCUGUAACAGCGGAAAUGAGUGGUUUGAAAGAGUUUUCUUAACGUAAAUCGUACCACUCCUAAAUGUACCAAAUUCCAGUCUCCUGUCAUAGUUUGGAAUGGUACAGCCAAUGCAGCAUCUUCACUUUUGCUGUAGGUAAGCAGGUGCCUUACUAUUUUUACAAUUUGAGAUGACAGUGCAUUAUUUUGCUUCAUCCAACCAUUCCGCUGUGGGGAAAUGUUCACAGAAUGAAUGAUUUAGUGUAUGAUUACAUGUAAAGAAUGAUAUUUAAAGAAAUAAAGUUUGAGUUCAAAAUGGUA